GAAGAAACAGUACUAUAGUUUCUCUUCGUCUCAUAUCUGGAGCAAAUCAUCAGAAUUGCAGACAAUCUCUCUUCAUGGAUACACAAUUCUACUACUACGUUUUAUUGUUCAUCUCCCUUUAUUUCAUAAGUGUUUUUUUGCUUCAUAAUAAGAACAGGGGACUCCCACCAAGCCCUGCUUUUUCCUUGCCGAUUAUAGGUCACCUCCACCUUUUAAAGAAACCCCUCCACCGAACCCUCGCCAAAUUAUCCCACCAAUACGGUCCCGUUUUACACAUCCAGUUCGGUUCCCGUCCCGUCGUGCUCAUAUCUUCCCCUUCAGCCGCAGAGGAAUGCUUCACCAAAAACGAUGUCGUUUUCUCAAACCGUCCUACUUUGCUGGCCGGAAAACACCUCGGCUAUAAAUAUACUACACUGACCUGGGCCUCUUAUGGUCCCCACUGGCGCAACUUGAGGCGCAUAGCUUCCAUCGAGUUAUUGUCGUCGAACAGACUCCACAUGUUUAGUGGGGUGCGCUUAUCUGAGACAAGGUCGUUGGUUCGCCAUCUCUUUCGAAGCUGCCAGGAUGGUGAGUUUCGGACCAUUGAAAUGAAGUCAACAUUUUUCGAGCUGACUCUUAACGUUGUUAUGAGAAUGAUUGCCGGAAAGAGAUACUACGGAGAGAACGCAGUCGCAGUGGAAGCGAGUCAGUUCAAAGAAAUUGUGACCGAGACAUUUCGCUUGAGCGGGGCCACUAACAUUGGAGACUUCGUUCCGGUUCUGAACUAUUUUGGGUUAAGUGGGCUGGAUAAAAAGUUGGUGUCGUUACAGAGUAAGAGAGACAAGUUCAUGCAGGAGUUGAUUGAACAACAUAGAAAAAAAAAUACAAAUUCUUCUUCUGAAGAGAGAUGGAAGACCAUGAGCGAUGUUUUAUUAUCACUACAAGAAACUGAACCCGAAUAUUACACUGAUGAGAUCAUAAGAGGCAUGAUGCUAGUAAUGCUGUCAGCAGGGACAGAUACUUCAGCCGGAACCAUGGAAUGGGCAAUGAGCCUUUUGCUCAACAACCCAGAGGCCCUUCUAAAAGCCCAUUCCGAAAUCGAGGCUCAUAUCGGUCAAAACAGGUUGAUAGAAGAGUCAGAUCUUCUCAAACUUCCUUAUCUCCGGGGCGUUAUUUAUGAGACCCUUCGAGUAUGCCCAGCUGAUCCACUCUUGGUUCCACACGAGUCCUCGGAGGAGUGCACCGUUGGGGGAUUUCGUGUCCCACGUGGCACAAUGCUAUUGGUGAACAUGUGGGCCAUACAACAUGAUCCCAAAAUUUGGACCGAGCCUGAAAAGUUUAAGCCGGAGAGAUUCCAAGUUGAGGGAGUGGAAGGGUUGAGUUACAAAUUUCUGCCGUUUGGGGCGGGAAGGAGGGGCUGUCCGGGCGAGAGCUUGGCGAUGCGGGUAGUUGGUUUGGCCCUUGGAUCGCUUAUUCAGUGCUUUGAGUGGAAGAGAAGUAGUAAGGAGUUGGUGGAUAUGACUGAAGCGGCUGGGCUCACCAUGCCUAAAGCCCAGCCCUUAUUGGCAAUGUUCAGGCCGCGCCCAACUAUGAUGGACCUUCUUUCCAAACUUUAGUGGGGAUUUUUAAAAAAUAUGGUUUUUUAGUCGUCAAUGUGCAAAAAUAUGGAAGUUAAACUUUACUUAUUUUGUAUGGAAAAAUUUAACUACAAAAAAUUAGAAUAUGAGAAAAGUUAUCCCACAUUACAAAAUAAAAAAUAAACAAACAAAUCAUCCAUUAAGGAGCUGUAUUUGUAAUCUCGUUGAUUGCUUUUUAUUUGAUUGGAUUGUUUGUUGAGAAUUAUCCCCAUUAGUUCCAUCACCAAGCUAAUUACAUUUUUUUUUUUAAUUUUUGGUCUUGGAUUAUUUGGUCAACGAUGGCUCCGAAGUAGAUUCUGAGGCUUUUUUUUUUUCUUUCUAAAAAUAAUAAUUAGAAGAAAUAAUUUUUUUUUAUGAAUUGGAGUUUAUAUGAUUUAAUAUGGAAAUUUGUAGGAAUAUCGAUUAGAUGGUUACAUAUAUGCACCAGUAUACUAAACACUUAACAAUAAGCAACUUUGAUUGGCAUUA